AACCCGCUUGGAGCUGUCACGAAGACGACGUCUGCCCGUCAUCAUUCAAAAGAAGCAUAAAGACACGGGAGUUGUGCAAGCAAAUUUAAAGCCGCAAUAAAACGUAAAAUUCGGCUAGUGAAAAACAUUCAAAGUAGCUGAAAUUACCACCAAAAGUUUGUGUCGAACAAAGAAACUAGCUGAGCAUUUCGUGAGCAGCAGAACCAGGUUUUAAAUCCCGCACACAAUGGCUGGUGCAAUGAUGUUUGAUCGCGCACAGUCGCUUCAGCUGAAUCGCCAGGACUUGUCCACGAUUGCGGCGGAUCUCGAGGUGGACGAAAACGAUGAGGAACAGAUUCGCCAAAAGGAGCAGAAAAUCCUUGAGCUGGGCGAAGCGUACAAAAAGGAAGGCAAGGCCAAGGAACUAGCCGAUUUGAUCAAGGUGACCCGACCGUUCCUGAGCUUCCUGAGUAAGGCCAAGGCCGCCAAGUUGGUUCGCUCGCUGGUGGACUUGUUCCUCGAUUUGGAGGCGGAAACUGGCAUCGAAGUUCAGCUGUGCAAAGAGUGCAUCGAAUGGGCCAAGCAGGAAAAGCGUACCUUUUUGCGGCAGUCCCUGGAGGCCCGACUGAUUGCGUUGUAUUUCGACACGGCCAUGUACACGGAAGCUCUGGCCCUCGGCAGUCAGCUGCUGCGGGAGCUGAAGAAGCUGGACGAUAAGAAUCUGCUGGUGGAAGUGCAACUGUUAGAAAGCAAGACCUACCACGCGUUGAGCAAUUUACCCAAGGCCCGUGCCGCUUUGACCUCGGCCCGUACGACGGCCAAUGCGAUCUACUGUGCCCCAAAGGUGCAGGCCACGCUCGAUUUACAGUCCGGAAUCCUGCAUGCUGCCGACGAGAGAGAUUUUAAGACCGCGUUCUCGUACUUCUACGAGGCGUUCGAGGGCUUCGACAGUGUCCAGAGCCCGAAGGCGCUGACCGCCCUCAAAUAUAUGCUGCUGUGUAAGAUCAUGUUGGGCCAGAGCGAUGACGUGAACCAGAUUGUCAGCGGCAAAUUGGCAAUCACCUACUCCGGCAGGGACAUCGACGCGAUGAAAUCCGUUGCGCAGGCCUCGCACAAACGUUCGUUAGCCGACUUCCAGGACGGGCUCAAACAGUACAAGCACGAGCUGGAGGAUGACGUCAUCGUAAAGGCUCACUUGGGAACGCUGUACGAUACGAUGCUGGAGCAGAAUCUGUGCCGCAUAAUCGAGCCGUAUGCCCGCGUCGAGGUCAGUUUCAUCGCUGAGCAAAUCGCCCUGCCCAUCGCCCAAGUCGAGAAGAAACUGUCGCAAAUGAUCCUGGACAAGAAGUUCAGCGGAAUUCUCGACCAGGGAGUGGGCGUGUUGAUCGUGUUCGAGGAAGCUCCGGUAGAUAAGACUUACGAGACGGCUCUGGAGACGAUACAGCACAUGGGUAAGGUGGUAGACACAUUGUACCAAAAGGCGAAGAAAUUGACGUAAGUACUCCUGCGGGACGCGGGGCUGUAGGUUCCCUUCUAUUUAGGCUUUUUGUUUUUUGAUUCGUAUGAAAAGAACUAUUCAAUUUGUCAAUCAUUUUGUCGUCUCUAUUUACCGUUAUCGUUGGUUGGUUCAUUUUCGAAAAGAUAUAGCAAAAAAAAACAAGUCCAUUAGCUGCAGAAACUGUUUGAUAAAUCACACAACUGGAACGUAACGUAAUAAUCAACAAUAUUCGCCACAACCACUAAACAACUUGAAUGCAACUCUAAUGACUAAGACUUUGAGUAUAGACCGGAAACUAUGAUACUUAUAGCGUUAAACUAUUAAUCUACAAUUUACGCUGUCUGCAAACAAACAAAAAAAUAUAGGAAGAAACUAAGAAGAUGAUUAAGGGGAAAAUCAAUAGGAAAUAUGAAACUCCACACUCCUAACUAAGACCACCAGGAAGUGUAAUUCGCUGCAACAUGAUUUAGCAAGGACCUUCAAACCAUUAUCAAGUAAAUUAUUUCGUAAAAAUCUA